AUGAGUCGCAUAUCCACAUUGCCUGCUGAUAUCCGUGAGGCUGGUAUGUCUAAGAGCCAUGUUGUGACAUCGCGUGCAGCCAGUCCCAGAUGUGCCAAAUGUCUUGAUCAGUCUAUGAGUCGCAUAUCUAUGAUGCCUGCUGAUGUCCGUGAGGCUGGUAUGUCUAAGAGCCAUGUUGUGACAUCGCGUGCAGCCAGUCCCAGAUGUGCCAAAUGUCUUGAUCAGUCUAUGAGUCGCAUAUCCACAUUGCCUGCUGAUAUCCGUGAGGCUGGUAUGUCUAAGAGCCAUGUUGUGACAUCGCGUGCAGCCAGUCCCAGAUGUGCCAAAUGUCUUGAUCAGUCUAUGAGUCACAUAUCCAUGGUUCCUGCUGAUGUCCGUGAGGCUGGUAUGUCUAAGAGCCAUGUUGUGACAUCGCGUGCAGCCAGUCCCAGAUGUGCCAAAUGUCUUGAUCAGUCUAUGAGUCGCUCAUCGACAUUGCCUGCUGAUGUCCGUGAGGCUGGUAUGUCUAAGAGUGAGGUUGAACCAUCUUUAGCAGCCAGUCUGAGAUGUGCCAAAUGUCUUGAUCAGUCUAUGAGUCGCUCAUCGACAUUGCCUGAUGAUGUCCGUGAGGCUGGUAUGUCUAAGAGUGAGGUUGAACCAUCUUUAGCAGCCAGUUCCAGAUGUGCCAAAUGUCUUGAUCAGUCUAUGAGUGUUGGGUCUGAUUUUGUUUCUGUUUUGUUAGUUGGUGGUGUAAAUGAAGUUGGCAACGACCGCUCUGGUUUCCAAAGGAAACGGUACCCCGUGUCGUGGCACAAACAUUGUGAUGGUCCUUCGCCGUUGCGAUCUUUGUGUGAUGAUGGGGCAACUUUCUGGAAAGUUCCUCGUAAAGUUUCUGAGGAUCCUGAAGAUAAUAUGUCGACUGCACACUCAAUUUCCACGAGUGUAUCGGAUCCAGUCUCCCCAUCAGCAGUAAAUGUGGUGGUAAAGUACAGUGGAGCCGAAAAUAUUUGUGUUGGAGCUUCAACCGACGGGGAAAUGAAAGCAAUGCCUCACACCAUGCUGCUUGAUGGGGAAGUGUGGGAGUACAUAUAUCUUAGAAAAUCGUCAGAACUGCGGGAUGCCUUUGCUUCUGAUAUUGGCGAUGUGUUAGGUUUUCCUUUUUCGACACCCAUUGAGUUUACACCCACAAGAACUGGAAUAUUAGCGCACUGUACAUUACUGUAUCCUGAGACCAUGAAAACUGAAGAGCUAUACGAGAGGUUAUCGCGAGACAAAUUUCCCGCGAUGAGAAGACUAUAUCAAACAGCAAAACGAGAGCAGAUGAUAACAAGUUGCUCGACGAUGUACACCACGAACAUUUGUGACAGGCCCAUAAGUCCACCGCCGGAAGAUAUGGACGGACGCCGAGGCAGCAUGCAAAUGAUGUCUUCUGCAACUAGUACAAACCAUAAACCUGAAGAAUAUUGUCUGUCAAAAAGGGAAGAAAGAAGAGAUGCAACUAAAGAAGAUGCGACGGGAAUGGACACCGAAUCGCAAGAAAUUCAUUAUAGUCGUUUCACCGAACGGUCUAUGAGUCGCAUAUCCAUGGUUCCUGCUGAUGUCCGUGAGGCUGGUAUGUCUAAGAGUGAGGUUGAACCAUCUUUAGCAGCCAGUCUGAGAUGUGCCAAAUGUCUUGAUCAGUCUAUGAGUCACAUAUCUAUGAUGCCUGCUGAUGUCCGUGAGGCUGGUAUGUCUAAGAGUGAGGUUGAGCCAUCUUUAGCAGCCAGUCUGAGAUGUGCCAAAUGUCUUGAUCAGUCUAUGAGUCGCAUAUCUAUGAUGCCUGCUGAUGUCCGUGAGGCUGGUAUGUCUCAGAGCCAAAUUGGAACAUUACCCGCAACUAUUCCCGUUUAUUGCCCACAAUUGCUUGAGCGCUGUAUGAGCUGUGCUUCUACUAUACUUGCUGAUGUCCGUGAGGCUGGUAUGUCUCAGAGCCAGAUUGGAACAUUACCCGCAAGUAUUCCCGUUUAUUGCCCACAAUUGCUUGAGCGCUGUAUGAGCUGUGCUUCUACUAUACUUGCUGAUGUCCGUGAGGCUGGUAUGUCUCAGAGCCAGAUUGGAACAUUACCCGCAACUAUUCCCGUUUAUUGCCCACAAUUGCUUGAGCGCUGUAUGAGCUGUGCUUCUACUAUACUUGCUGAUGUCCGUGAGGCUGGUAUGUCUCAGAGCCAGAUUGGAACAUUACCCGCAACUAUUCCCGUUUAUUGCCCACAAUUGCUUGAGCGCUGUAUGAGCUGUGCUUCUACUAUACUUGCUGAUGUCCGUGAGGCUGGUAUGUCUAAGAGUGAGGUUGAACCAUCUUUAGCAGCCAGUCCCAGAUGUGCCAAAUGUCUUGAUCAGUCUAUGAGUCGCAUAUCUAUGAUGCCUGCUGAUGUCCGUGAGGCUGGUAUGUCUAAGAGUGAGGUUGAACCAUCUUUAGCAGCCAGUCUGAGAUGUGGCAAAUGUCUUGAUCAGUCUAUGAGUCGCAUAUCUAUGAUGCCUGCUGAUAUCCGUGAGGCUGGUAUGUCUAAGAGUGAGGUUGAACCAUCUUUAGCAGCCAGUCUGAAAUAUGGCAAAUGUCUUGAUCAGUCUAUGAGUCGCAUAUCUAUGAUGCCUGCUGAUGUCCGUGAGGCUGGUAUGUCUAAGAGUGAGGUUGAACCAUCUUUAGCAGCCAGUCUGAGAUGUGGCAAAUGUCUUGAUCAGUCUAUGAGUCGCAUAUCUAUGAUGCCUGCUGAUAUCCGUGAGGCUGGUAUGUCUAAGAGUGAGGUUGAACCAUCUUUAGCAGCCAGUCUGAGAUGUGGCAAAUGUCUUGAUCAGUCUAUGAGUCGCAUAUCUAUGAUGCCUGCUGAUGUCCGUGAGGCUGGUAUGUCUAAGAGUGAGGUUGAACCAUCUUUAGCAGCCAGUCUGAGAUGUGGCAAAUGUCUUGAUCAGUCUAUGAGUCGCAUAUCUAUGAUGCCUGCUGAUGUCCGUGAGGCUGGUAUGUCUAAGAGUGAGGUUGAACCAUCUUUAGCAGCCAGUCUGAGAUGUGCCAAAUGUCUUGAUCAGUCUAUGAGUCGCAUAUCUAUGAUGCCUGCUGAUAUCCGUGAGGCUGGUAUGUCUAAGAGUGAGGUUGAACCAUCUUUAGCAGCCAGUCUGAAAUAUGGCAAAUGUCUUGAUCAGUCUAUGAGUCGCAUAUCUAUGAUGCCUGCUGAUGUCCGUGAGGCUGGUAUGUCUAAGAGUGAGGUUGAACCAUCUUUAGCAGCCAGUCUGAGAUGUGCCAAAUGUCUUGAUCAGUCUAUGAGUCGCAUAUCUAUGAUGCCUGCUGAUAUCCGUGAGGCUGGUAUGUCUAAGAGUGAGGUUGAACCAUCUUUAGCAGCCAGUCUGAAAUAUGGCAAAUGUCUUGAUCAGUCUAUGAGUCGCAUAUCUAUGAUGCCUGCUGAUAUCCGUGAGGCUGGUAUGUCUAGGAGUGAGGUUGAACCAUCUUUAGCAGCCAGUCUGAAAUAUGGCAAAUGUCUUGAUCAGUCUAUGAGUCGCAUAUCUAUGAUGCCUGCUGAUGUCCGUGAGGCUGGUAUGUCUAAGAGUGAGGUUGAACCAUCUUUAGCAGCCAGUCUGAAAUAUGGCAAAUGUCUUGAUCAGUCUAUGAGUCGCAUAUCUAUGAUGCCUGCUGAUAUCCGUGAGGCUGGUAUGUCUAGGAGUGAGGUUGAACCAUCUUUAGCAGCCAGUCUGAAAUGUGGCAAAUGUCUUGAUCAGUCUAUGAGUCGCAUAUCUAUGAUGCCUGCUGAUGUCCGUGAGGCUGGUAUGUCUAAGAGUGAGGUUGAACCAUCUUUAGCAGCCAGUCUGAAAUAUGGCAAAUGUCUUGAUCAGUCUAUGAGUCGCAUAUCUAUGAUGCCUGCUGAUAUCCGUGAGGCUGGUAUGUCUAGGAGUGAGGUUGAACCAUCUUUAGCAGCCAGUCUGAAAUGUGGCAAAUGUCUUGAUCAGUCUAUGAGUCGCAUAUCUAUGAUGCCUGCUGAUGUCCGUGAGGCUGGUAUGUCUAAGAGUGAGGUUGAACCAUCUUUAGCAGCCAGUCUGAAAUAUGGCAAAUGUCUUGAUCAGUCUAUGAGUCGCAUAUCUAUGAUGCCUGCUGAUGUCCGUGAGGCUGGUAUGUCUAAGAGUGAGGUUGAACCAUCUUUAGCAGCCAGUCUGAAAUGUGGCAAAUGUCUUGAUCAGUCUAUGAGUCGCAUAUCCAUGAUGCCUGCUGAUGUCCGUGAGGCUGGUAUGUCUAAGAGUGAGGUUGAACCAUCUUUAGCAGCCAGUCUGAAAUAUGGCAAAUGUCUUGAUCAGUCUAUGAGUCGCAUAUCUAUGAUGCCUGCUGAUGUCCGUGAGGCUGGUAUGUGUAAAAGGGGUGAAGCGGAGUCACUUGUUGUUAGUUCAAAUAGCCGUGAGGUUAAUGGUGGUGUUAAGAAUUUAUCCAGUGGUAAUUCUUCUGCAUCGUUGGACGGUAGGAAGUUUGUUUGUUCGUCGGGCAAAAGUGGUGAUUAUUCCGCUUCUUUCGGUGACGGUGGUUGUUGUCAAAUCGUCGGUGGUGCUGAAGCGGGUGGUGUUGUUGUCUUAGAGGAAUUUCGAGACAUACCGAGUGGUGCUGGUUCGAAUUUACCGGUACCUGUUGAUGAAGUUCCUGGCGGUGGUGUGAGAAUGUCGUCCGAUGUUGAUAAAAGCGUUUCCGGUGGCUUGUUAGAAGUAUUAAAGAAUUGUUCGUCUUCCAGGGGAGGUGAAAGUUUUCCGUUAGUUGCAGUUCAAGCGCUGGCGAGUCGCCAGUCUGAAAAUCGCCAACCGGUGCGAUGCUCUUUCAAUUCUGUUGCUGAAGGCAGGUACUACGACUCGGGUCUUUUGGAUGAGCGUAACGAUUGGUGCGUUCCUCCCCGUGGUGUGAUGCAGGGUGCAGUUGGCAGCGCACUGUGUCUUGUAAGGGGCGUUGGCGCGGUUAAUUUUGAUGGAUCGCCGGACAUAAGCGUCACUUCUGUGGCUUCUUCUGUUGGUGAUAAAGUGCCUUCGAUGAUUAGAGGUGAACAACGCAGGGCGAGCACCAACAGUGCUUUGCCAGAUGUCGUGCCGAAAGUUGCUGACCCACCUCUUGAAGCUCCGGUUUCUUUAAUUGAGGGUGAAAAAGUGUCUGUGGCCUGGGAGUCACAAUUUGGGGGUAGUGCAGAUCCAAAGGAGCGUUUUCUGGAUCUCUCUACAACACCUCAGCAUGAAAAUCCGUCUCGGUUUCUCUCAAGAAUGGGUAGCCUCUGUCGUUGGGGCCUCGGGUCGCAGAAGGCAAAAUGUGAGGACAGCGCGGAGACGCUGAAGCGAUGGGCGCAGGAUAGUACCAAAUAUCUUAUAGGAGUUCAGGAACCGGACACCGUUGCGGAGGAGUUGCCGUCCCUAUCAGAUGCCCGCGGAAUGCCACCAAUGGUGAAAGCUAGUAGCUCGUCGGAUAAAAAUUUCUCGCAACUUGGUCCUUUUGACACAAGCAAUGGGGACCAUAAGGGAGAGGAACUGACCACUUUAAGGAGGUGGUCAAAGAGUAAUCAAGGGAAGAGUAUUGCCGGCAGUGGUACGGAGGAACCACGUAGCAUAGCAACAAGGAAUUCAGAUCCAAAUCUGCCUCUGUUGCGGAUUCGCAAAAGUGCCAGUGGUUCGCCACUGCUUCCGCUGGCUACGGGUGACAAAGGCCUUGCAAAGUGGGAAGAUGAUGGCGUCACUUCGUUACCCCCCAUUAUAUCUCAGAGCGCAAACACUCCGCUUGGGUGCGAUGCCGCUUCAAAACGGAGAGUAGGUGACAGUUACGUUUGGGAUAUACGCGAUGUGAGCAUGUCGUCGGCUUCCCCUAACACCUCUUAUCUGGACAUUGAGGCUGAGGGUGAAGCGUUCGAUAUAUUCAAACGCCUCUUGCACGAUAUUGAUGUUGCAAGUCGAGCCAUCUCUAAGCCUGUACAAGCGCUUAGAGAGCUGCGUGACGGGAGGAAGUAUGAAAAUUCCUCGUGA